AUGGCCGACGACGACGGCUUCCUCGCCAGCUUCUCGGAAGACUUUGUGCAGCUGCCGCAGUACAAAGCCGCGGGCACGUCGAGCAUCGACUUCGACGGGCUGCUCAGCUCGCCACUGAAGCUGCAUGAAGAUUUGAAAGGAGGAUGCGGCGGCCAGCUGUGGCCCGCCGGAAUGGUGCUGUCGCGCUACCUGCUGCGCCAGCACAAGCACGAUCUCAACGGCCGCUCAAUAAUUGAGCUCGGUGCCGGCGGCGGACUCGUUGGCCUGGCCGUCGCCCUCGGCUGCGACCUCUCUGCCAGCGAGAAGCACCCGCUGUACAUCACAGACCAGGAGCCCAUGUUCGCCCUCAUGCAGCAGAACACCGCCCUCAACGACCUCUCCGCCCGCGUCAAGCCGCUUAUCUACGAUUGGGGCUCCGCUCCGCCCGCCCUUCUUCCCGUGCCGCCCGACGUCAUAUUGGCUGCUGACUGUGUAUACUUUGAGCCCGCCUUUCCGCUGCUGCAGAAGACGCUGGAGGAUCUGAUUGGUCCGGAUACCGUUUGCUACUUCUGCUUCAAGAAGAGGAGGAGGGCGGAUAUGCACUUUGUCAAGGCCAUAAAGAAGACGUUUGACGUGCAGGUUGUCGAGGACGAUCCGGAUAAAGACGUCUACGGGAGGGAAAACAUCUUCCUGUGA